UGGCGGCGCACUUGGGCACGUUGAAUCACUUCAGUGAAGACAGAGAGGGCAGGCUUCUGUAGCGGCGCUCUGCAACCUCCGGCACGCACGCACUGUUUUCAGCUGCGCUCUAUUGAUAGCUCCGGGAGCCAACAGCGCAAACAAACGGUUUCUGUAAGCUCGUUAGCUGGUUGCACGAAAUCGAGAGGCUCGUCUCGGACCAUUGUCCAGUUACUUCACCUUGUGGACCACUACUUUCCAAAUACCUCGGGGGGUAAUUUUGACUAAGCUUACGAGCAAAUAACGGGGAGGUUUUCCUGAAAAAGAUGGGUUCCGUCCCGGCGAUAUCUGUCCUCAUUCUGGGGAUUGCAGUCCCAGCUCUUGCUGGCUAUAUUGAGGCUCUGGCAGCCAAUGCGGGCACAGGAUUCGCCGUUGCCGAGCCGCAGGUGGCCAUGUUCUGCGGGAAGCUGAACAUGCACGUGAACAUCCAGACUGGCCGCUGGGAGCCCGACCCGUCCGGCUCACAGAGCUGUGUGGGAACCGAGGCUGCCGUGCUGCAGUACUGUCAGGAGAUGUACCCUGAGCUCCACAUCACCAACGUGGUGGAGGCCAACCAGCAAAUCCGCAUCGAGAACUGGUGCAGGAAGGACCAGAAGCAGUGCAAGGGCCACGCCCACACGGUGCUGCCAUACAAAUGCCUGGUUGGCGAGUUUGUCAGCGACGUCCUGCUGGUUCCGGAGACGUGCAAGUUCUUCCACAACGAGCGCAUGGACAUGUGCGUCAGUCACCAGCAGUGGCAGGGCGUGGCCAAGCAGGGUUGCUCUGAGAAUGGUAUGACCCUGCACAGCUACGGAAUGCUGCUGCCGUGUUCCAUCGAUAAGUUCCACGGAACAGAGUACGUGUGCUGCCCCCCCUUCCACCCUGAGAAGGAUGAGGAAGAUGAGGAAGAGGCGACUGAGAUAGACGAGGAGGAGGAGGAGGAGGAGGAGGAGGCGGAGGAGGAAGAGCCAGUGGAGGAGAGCGAGCCUGCCACGCCCACUCAGACCGCAGUGGAAGAAGAUGAAGAUGACGUUGAUGAGGAAGACUAUGACUAUGCGUAUAAGGAUGAGGAGGCGGAGGCGGACAUAGAGGAACAGGAUGAGAAGGAAGUGGACAGCCCAGCGGACAAGACCGCACAGGAGGUCAAAGCGGUGUGCGCCCUGCCGGCGGAAACUGGCCCCUGCCGUGCCUCCAUGCCCCGCUGGCACUUCGACAUGAGCCUGAAGAGGUGUGUGCGCUUCACUUACGGGGGCUGCGCCGGCAACCGCAACAAUUUCGACUCGGAGGAGUACUGCACGGCGGUGUGCCGCAGUCUGAUCCCGCCCACCCCACAGCCCACGGACGACGUGGACGUGUACUUUGAGACGCCAGCUGACGACAAGGAGCACAACCGCUUCCAGAGGGCCAAGGAGCAGCUGGAGAUCAGGCACCGCAACCGCAUGGAGAGGGUGAGGAAAGAGUGGGAGGAGGCUGAACGCCAGGCUAAGAACCUGCCCAAGGCCGAGAGACAGACCCUCAUCCAGCACUUCCAGGCCAUGGUGGAGUCUCUGGAGGAGGAGGCCGCCAGCGAGAAGCAGCAGCUGGUGGAGACGCACCUGGCCCGCGUGGAGGCCAUGCUGAACGACCGCCGCCGCCUCUCCCUGGAGAACUACCUGGCAGCGCUGCAGGCUGACCCCCCCAGGCCUCACCGCAUCCUGCUGGCCCUGCGACGCUACGUGCGCACGGAGAACAAGGACCGCCAGCACACCGUCCGCCAUUACCAGCACGUCCUGGCCGUGGACCCGGAGAAGGCCGCGCAGAUGAAGUCCCAGGUGAUGACCCACCUGCGCGUUAUCGAGGAACGGAUGAACCAGAGCCUGUCUCUGCUCUACAAGGUCCCCUACGUGGCCGAGGAGAUCCAGGACGAGAUCGACGAGCUCCUGCAGGAGCAGAAGGCCGACAUGGACCAGUUCCUCUCCUCCAUCUCCGAGUCCCAGCCUGACGUGACCGUGUCGUCUGAGGAGAACGUUGAGCUGCCCGUCCGUGAGGGCAAACCCUACCGCCCUUUCCGGGUGACCUCGCUGGGGUCCCAACCAGAGCCGGAAGGCGCUCUACCCGACUCCCCUCUCCCAGUGAAGAAAGGGUCUGGGCUGGACAGGCUGAUCGGCGCAGAGGAGAGGAUCAUCAACAUGAAGGGAAAGCUCAACAGCAACGUGGUGAUUGAUGAGUCCCUGGAUGUUAAAGAGGUGAUAUACAGUGCCGAGAGAGUCGGCCUUAUGCAUGAUGAUGAGCUGGAAACCUACCGGCCCAUUGGAGAGGAGUUCAGCUUCGGGAGCAGCGCUCUGAUUGGCCUCCUGGUGAUUGCGGUGGCCAUAGCAACAGUGAUUGUCAUCAGCUUGGUGCUGUUGAGGAAAAGGCAGUAUGGCACCAUCAGCCAUGGUAUUGUGGAGGUGGACCCCAUGCUGUCCCCUGAGGAACGCCACCUGAACAAGAUGCAGAACCACGGCUACGAGAACCCCACCUACAAAUACCUGGAGCAGAUGCAGAUCUAGCCUGGAGAGGAUGUGGUUGGCCCGGGCUGGGGAAGGGGUGGGGAGGGGGGUGGUCUUUCAUCAAAGGAAGGGGCGGGAACAUACUACUGACCAACAACAAUACUGCUCAUGUCAAAAAUUACAAAUAAAAAUAAUUUCAUCUUCCUACAUCUGGAAUGCACAUUCUGGUCCGUUCAUUCAAAGCAGUCUAAGUAAUGCUACUACUACUACUGCUAGUACUAAAAUUGUACAGUAGAACUUUUUUUUUCUUUUUUAAAGGCAAUGUAACUAUGUUUUUAAAAAUAUCUGGAAAUGCAGUUUGACAACUUAUUCAAAACAGUGAUUGUCUUCAGAUUGAUAUAUUUUAAAUGUUUUUGUUUUUAAAAACACAUGACGAACAAACUUAAAUAAUCAGAAUGAUUAUAUGUAAUGAAAUAACCACUGUCAAACGACAUACUGCAAGAUUGCAGCUGUUAUGUACCAUCUUAGAAGUAUUCACAAAAUAAUGAGUUACAUAAAUCUUUUUUUCCCCCCCUCUUCAAAAGAUUGCUUGUAUAUGAAGGUUAUUUGUACUGAUUUAAUGUAUAGCGAAGAAAUGGGGAGAAGAAUAAAUCAAACUCAUUUAUUUUCUGCUCUUUGUUAUCGCAAGCAAAAAAAACAAAUAUAUAUAUAUAUACAAUAUAUAUAUAUAAAUAAAGUAGGUGUAUUUGUAGAUUUAUUUUCCCCCAAAACUAAAGUGAUGACGAAGGCGCUGGGUGUUUUGCUUGGUUUCUCUGGGUUGUGAGUCACAACUUGACAUGUGACUCUUGUGCGUUUUGGGGGAGGACAGGAAGAUGACCCUGGGGGUGAAUCGGUUGAAAGGCUAAAUGUGUGCAGGCCUCCAGUCCCACAGGUUCCCAGGUAUAAAGCGUAGACAACCAAAAGCUUUUUAAAAAUACUUUAGCACGCACAGUGAAUACAGAACCCCCCACGACCUCAACCCUAACUGUGUUACUUUUAAAUUUAUUCAGUCAGAUUUCAGGUGAUUUAUUAUUGAUGGGGAUGGUUUUCCUCAGGCAGUCUCUAGGACGCCUCUGUUUUCUGGUGGUCCCCUAUUCCGGUGUGUGGGGUGUGAUGUGCUAAAUAGGAAAGGGAGUGGUAUUUUUUUUUAGAAGGCAAAGAAAGGGUGAAAUUAUUAGUUGGGGCGUUUUAGGGAGCUGGGGGCCUAGGGAGGUGUGGUCGUGUCCGUUUGUGGUUUCAGGGAAAGGACCAUUUUUUCCAUGUAAAAAAUCAAAUAAAAAUGACAACAAAAAAAAAUUAAAAGAGGAAAAGGGUUGAGUUAUUUUCUCAUAGUUAUGUCUUUGUAUGCCUGUAUAGUUGAUGUUACUAUCAUGGCUUUUAUGGAAGACAACCUGUGGUGUGCAUUGUUCUUAUGAUAUAUAUAUAUUUUUUUUUUUCAGUUUUUGUUCAUUUGUUUUUAUUUUCUAUUUUUAUUUUCUUUCUUUUUGUGACAGUAUCUCUGUAUGUGACUGUCUCACUAUGCACCGAUAUGGCUUCAAAUAUUGUAACGGCCUGCUUGAUUGCAGGCGGUUUACGAAUGAGUAUAAAUAUGUAUUUGUAAUUAUGGAAUAAAGGAACACGUUGAUUAUUAGAAUGAUGAGAACACAUCAAUAAACUCACUACUACUUCCAUAGAA